AUGGGCCCUGCCUCGCUGCAGGAGGAGAGAGAGCCGGAGAAAAGGUCCGAGGAGGAGAUGGAGAGCUACCGCUGCCUCCUGCAGGCCGGCUCCCAGCUGGAGAGCACUCUGCAGCAGGUCACUGUCCCUGUGAGCAUGAAGGAGGUGGGAGGCUACAUAGAGAAACAAGUGGCAUACCUGUCAGGAGGUCGUGGGGACGACUCCAGUGUCAUCAUCACUCUCCCUGAAUACUCGGCUUUCAGCGACAUUCCAGAGGAAGCUUUAGCCAAAGUGUUUACGUACCUGACUCUCAUCCCUCGAACGAGACAACCUGGAGUGAAAUUUAUCAUCGUUUUAGACAGAAGACUGGACACAUGGGCCUCGAUCAAAACUGCACUCGCCAGGAUAGCAGCGUCUUUCCCCGGGAACCUCCACCUGGUCCUGGUGCUCCGACCCACCAGCUUCUUCCACCGCACCGUGACCGACAUCGGCUUCCGCUUCAGCCAAGACGACUUCAUGCUCAAAAUGCCAGUGGUGAUGCUGAGCUCUGUGACAGACCUUCUGCGCUACAUCAGUGAGAACCAGCUGACGUCAGAGUUUGGAGGCACUUUGGAUUAUUGUCACAGUGACUGGAUUGUUUUACGAACGGCGAUUGAGAGUUUUGCUGUGACAGUCAAAGACAUUGCUCAGAUGCUGCAGGGCUUUGGGACCGAGCUGGCAGAGACGGAGGUGCCCGACAAGGGGAAGGCCAUCGAGUGUCUUCUGGAGUCUCAAACCGACAAGUACAGGAAACUCAAGGAUGCAAUCAGGUCAGUGUCAAAGGAAGGUCGUCAUCUUCUCUCCAGCCUGGAGACGUCUGGGAGGGAGGAGGACUCUCAGUGGGAUGUGAAGCUGGACUGGGAGACCGUACAGAGGCUUCUGGCUCAGCUCAGAGACAUGGAGUCGGCGUUUGACGGCUUCUUUGAGAAGCAUCAUCUGAAACUGCACCAGUACCUGCAGCUGCUGAAAUACGAGCAAAGCUUCCAGGAGAUGGAGUUGUGUCUGGAGCAUCUGACGGCUGAGGAGAGGGAGCUCUCUGUUUCUGUCGACACUCCGGCUCAGACGGAACAGGCUCUCAAACGGCUGGACGAGCUGGAGUCUAAUGCACAGGAGGUGGUGUCUCGAGCUCAGAUCAUCAUCCUUCACGGACACCAGCUCUCGGCCGGUCACCACUUCGCCGUGGCUCUGAUUAUGCAGCGCUGCAACGAGCUUCGCCACCACUGUGACACGCUGAACGCCGCUCUGAAGAGCAAACACGCUCGUCUCCUGCUCACACACCAGCUGCUGCUCGGUCUGGAUCAGGCCCAGACCUGGUGUGAUGAUGGAGCGUACCUGCUGGCCAAUCAGCUGGUAGAGAACUUCCAGUCCAAGGAGGGGGCUCAGGCUGCUCUGAAGGACAUUGAGAAGUUACUGGAGAGGGCGCCGUCUAUUCUCAGCUCAGGACCAGACAUCGUGGCCAUCGAAUAUGAGUCUGUCAUCACACCUCAUCUGCAGGCCGAGAUUGGUAAAACCUUUGAGAAGCAUGCAGCGGUGCAGCAGAUGAUCCAGAACCGACAGGCAUGUCUGAGGAAGCUGGCUGACAAACACGUACGGCCGAUCCAACUAGUGGCACCCAGGCAUGAAAACCCACCACGCUGCAAGUCCCCGCUCUUCUCCCCCAAGCAUGGUGAUGGUUUGAAGUUCACUUUCGACCUCUCUCUGCCCGGGAAGAGGGCGUCACGAAAGAGCCCCAACACCAGAAAAAUCGAGGUGAUCCACGACUACCAGGAGAGCCGGGGCUGCGUGUCCUACAGCCUGGAGGGAGAGGACAGCCCGGAUCUCUUGAAACGACACGUGAUGAGGGAGCUGAUAGAGACUGAGAGGAUCUACGCUGAAGAGCUGCUCUCAGUGCUGCUGGGUUACAGGGCUCAGAUGGAGAACCCAGAUCUGUCAGCGCUUCUGCCUCCGAUCCUGCGCAGCAAGAGAGACGUCCUGUUUGGAAACAUGCCCGAGAUCUACAACUUUCACAGCAGGGUCUUCCUUCAGGACCUGGAAGGAUGCCUGGAGGCUCCUGAAGCCGUGGGAGCUUGUUUUCUGAAGCGGAAAGAGAGUUUUGAAAUGUACGAGUGCUACUGUCAGAAUAAGCUGCGCUCGGAUGCCCUGUGGAGACAGUUCUCUGACUGUGCCUUCUUUCAGGAAUGUCAGAAGAAGCUGGAGCACAAACUGGGCCUGGAUUCGUACCUGCUGAAGCCGGUGCAACGUCUCACCAAAUACCAGCUGCUGCUCAAGGAGCUGCUAAAAUACAGUCCGGACUGUGAGGGGACUUCUGAACUGCAGGGGGCGCUAACAGCCAUGCUGGACCUGCUCAAAUCAGUCAAUGACUCCAUGCAUCAGAUAGCCAUCACAGGAUAUGAGGGUGACAUGUGUGAGCUGGGCCGGGUGCUGAUGCAGGGCUCCUUCAGCGUGUGGAUCAGCCACAAGAAAGGUCCCACGCGCAUGAAGGAGCUGACUCGCUUCAAACCGAUGCAGCGUCACCUGUUCCUGUACGAGAGAGCUCUGCUGUUCUGCAAGCGGAGGGAGGAGCACGGGGACGGCUGCGACAAGACGCCGUCCUACAGCUUCAAGCACUGUCUCAAGAUGACAGCUGUGGGGAUCACAGAGAACGUCAAAGGAGAUGUGAAAAAGUUUGAGAUCUGGUACAGUGGCAGGGAGGAGGUGUAUGUGGUUCAGGCUCCUACAGUGGAGGUGAAGAUGGCCUGGCUCAACGAGCUGCGUAGAAUCCUGACCAACCAACAGAAGCUGCUCAGAGAUGAAGCGUAUCAACAAGGCCAAACGGCCGAGCACAUGCCGCUGUCCCCCCCGCUCUCUGAGAGCAAGCAGCAGAGGGCGUCGGUGAGCUCGGAGGAGACGGAGUCGGGGAGGAGCAGUCCGGACCCCCAGCCUCACUCCCCCAAACACCAGCACAACCGCAGGAGUUGGCCCGGAGCUCAUCACUCGGGAGACAACUGCGAGGGUCUGGAGGAGUGGCCUGGAGGUCGGGACGCUUUCCGCCCGUUUGACACAGGAGAGGAGGUUCUGGUGCCACUGUCUCCCGGCAGAUACAAGGCUUUGGCCGACUGUCCUCAGAACGGACCAGACAGCGUCCCCAUCAAAUGUGGAGACGUCAUCCAACUGCACUCUGAGAACAACAAGGGACGCUGGCUGGUGAAAAAUCUGAGUCGGCGACAGGAGGGCUUCAUAGCAGCCGCCAGCCUGCAGCUGAUAGUCGGAGACAGUAGCCGAGGACACUCCUCCAGACUCGGAGAAGCCGGAAACCUGAAGGUGCGAAAGCUCAGCUCCCCGUAGAGAAGAAAGCACAGAAUGUGAAUCUCCAAGUGACCUGCGGCCGAUGAGCAGACAGAAGGACCGGACGGAGCCACACCUGAACCCAAUCAGCUCCUCCCUCCCUGGAGCCGUCUGCUCUCCUCAGCACAGUUCGGUCAUUAAACAGACAAACACGCGGGAAUGUAGAGACUUGAUUGACAAUCUCCUGGCUGAUUGGGACAGCACAGGAACUACUUCGCCCUCUUGGACAAUCAAUUGAUGGUCCCGGAGUCCUGAUUGGUCUUCCUCUUUUCUGAGUGAUGAGGAGUUUCCUCUUCCUCUGGCGCUAAAUCUGCAGCACAUACACACACACACACACACACACACACACAGUGAGGGAAUGACCAUGCUGCUGCAGGACUGUGGACUUGGAAUCAUUUUUCAACCCUUUUUCAUUCCAGAUAAAAACUUGAGGUUCCAGCCUCUGUGUGUGUGUGUUCACUGUUGUCUCGAUGGAGCCGCACACAAAGGAUUUGCCUGAAACAUUUAUCAAAGGCUUUUGUAUAUGUACAAUAUCAUUUUUAACAUUUGUUAUAUAUAUAUACGUCGGUGUUUCAUCUUUUUGCGUGGUGAGUUUUUUUCCAUUGAACUACGUCACUGUCGAUUUUCUGACAUUUCAUUCCAUGAGGCAGACUGUGAGGUAGAAAUGCCAAAAUGUGCCAUGCCAUAUUGCCUUUUUUAUUCCCCUGCUCUUUUGGAGUCUCUUGUGCUGUUUGCAAAGUCAAAUGCUCCUCAUGCUUUAACCUGACCUCACGAAACAGGCACUUUAAUCACGUGGAAGGACAAAAGAGACAAAAUAAUAAGCCACCGAUCGUCUCCUGGGUGUCUUGUUUGCUCGCUGCUUUACCUCUGGUGCUGUGUAUUCCCCUUUAUUCCUGCUGUUACUUCCUUUGUUUACCCUUGAAUGACGUGUUCGGGGAGGCAGGGGAGACAUACCCCCUGCACGCAGGCAGCAGCCCACAUGUCAGUGAUCGUAAUGUAAGACACGGGCGGACGCGAUGAAGAGUGAUGGCAAAGUAUUCCUCGGUGUGUGCCGUAAACAAACGUGAGGCGUGUGCCGCGGAGCAGCGAGCGGCGCCGCUCUCCUCGGGGUCUUCUGGGAGCUCCACUGUCAGUCAGGGCCUGGAGCGGGGGGGAGAGCCAUGUCAGAUUAGAGGGGAAACCAGAGAGAGAAGGAGAGAUUACGCUCUGUGUGCCCGUCCAUCACGCAGGCGGAUUGUUUCCUCAGCACCAUUACAGCUCUGUUAAUCUCUAGUUCCGCAUUAAAAGGGAUCAUGCAGCCAACAUGAAAUAUACCCUCUGUGUCGAACGCUUAAUUAAAUAUUGAUUGCAGACUUAUAUGAAUUUACCACAUCAAAUCGAGACCCCAGUCGCAGGCCUGCCUUUGAUAUGCUGUGUUUGAUAUGGAAAUGAGUGUGGAGAGCAGCAGGGGCCGCUUCGCACUACACACUUCCUAUGUUGUUAAUUUAUUUAUUUUGCUGUCAUGUUAUUCCAUCAUAUUGUGAAGUAUCUGUGCAGCCCCCCGAAUGAAAUUACGUUUUCCACAUAUUUGCAGUAGCUCUGCUUGACUGCACGAAGAACAGGCCCCUUAGCUUUUUUUUUAUGUUUCGCCUUUUAGCUCACAUGACAGGAUUUGAUGUCUUUGUGUUUAACUUCAAUCCAAAAUGCUGCAGAUUUUGCACAUUUCUUUUUCCAGCUUGGAAAACAAAAGAAAAACCUGCUUGAAAUAUUGCAAUAUGAUGUAUCCCAAUGAGCCAAGUAGCCUCAACAUGUUGCUGAAUGUUUCUUUAAAAUGAAAAUGCAUGGCAACGGAGCAAUGAGCAGGUUUGUACUGUGAGACUGUCACUGUUCUCACCCGGCUUCUUUUUGUACAGCUUCACUUCUGUAUGAAAUAAUCCAAAAUAAACGUAUUUAUUGCAAUAAUAGUUUUUGCAUUAGUCACUGAAAUAAUUCAAAUAUUAUAUCAUGCGUGCUGCUCUUUGUC